AUGACGGUGUUCAACGCCGGCGAUUGCACAGGCGGUAGCCCAUAUGUGGACGUGAAGCAGGUGUUUCCUGUGGAAGAUUAUCAGGAGAAAGUCUCACAACGCCUUAUUGAAGCUGUGCAUGCCAACGAUCUCAAGGCCGCGUUCGAUUGCUUGCUGGAUCCUUUCGUUGAUGUGAAUUUUGUUGGAACCGUGUGCUUGAAUUCGAAGAAGACGGAGAUCGUGUUACAUGAUGAGUCUCCCAGCGAGGUUCGAGUGGAGUUUGAAGAGUUUAAAACGGAUGUUACGGCUCUGUUCCUCGCUGCUCAUGUCGGAAAUGUGACGCUUGUUAGAAAGCUACUGACCGCUGGGGCAAAUGUAAAUAAGAAACUUUUUCGUGGCACCGCUACCACUGCAGCAGCUAGGGGAUGCCAUAUUGAGAUACUAGACUUGUUACUUGAAGGUGGAGCUUCUCAGCUUGCUUGUGAGGAGGCUUUGAUGGAAUCAAGCCACCUUGGUCUAGCCAGGCCAACUAAAGCUUUAAUGGCAUCCGACCUCAUUCGCCCUAAUGUUGCAGUCCAUGCCCUCGUCAACACAUCACAUAGAGGAUUCGUUGAUGUAGUUGAAACACUUUUGAAGUGUGGAGUAGACAUGAAUGGAACUGCCCGAGUUUUGCUUCGGUCUUCCAAGCCUUUUCUUCAUGCCGAUGUUAGCUGUAAUGCCCUUGUUGCUGCCACCGUCAAUAGACACAUCUCCGUUGUUCAGCUUCUUUUACUGGCUGGUGUGAGAACAGACACCAAGGUGAGGCUAGGAGCCUGGUCAUGGGACAUGGCCACAGGAGAAGAGUAUCGGGUAGGUGCUGGAUUAGCCGAGCCAUACAGCGUUUUGUGGUGCGCAGUCGAGUAUUUUGAAGAAACGGGUUCAAUCUUAAACAUGCUCCUCCAACAUAUAUCCCCCAACAUUCCUCAUUUUGGGAGGACAAUCAUCCACCAUGCCAUCCUUUGUGCAAAUUUAAAAGCAGUUGAGGUUUUGUUAAAGUGUGGUGCCGAUCCCGAGUUCCCAGUUGAAACCGUCAAAGGAACGGGGUUCCGGUUAAUCCAUUUGGUUGCACGGCUAGGCUAUUAUGGCGUCCUGCAGCACCUUGUUAACGCCUGCUGUAAUCUUGAUUCGAGAACGGAAUCAGGAGAAACUGCAUUGAUGAUAUGUGCAAGGCAUAAACAUGUCGAGUGUCUUAAGCUUCUGGCUGGGGCUGGUGCUGAUUUCGGUUUGGUCAAUAUGGCUAACCAGUGUGUUCAGUCAAUCGCUGGAUCGGUUAGAUGGACACUAGGCCUAAGACGAGCCAUUUUAGACGUGGUUCAAUCCGGAAAGGUCCCUCGUUCAACCGAUACUUCCAUAUUCUCUACUUUGAUGUUUGUUACACGAGUAAACAAUAUCGAAGCGUUGAAAAAGCUUGUUGACCAAACGGGUGUUGUUGACCUUGAUGAACAAGACGAGAACGGGUACUCGGCGGUCAUGGUUGCGGUUUUAAACGGUCACAUGGAGGCGUUUCGGUUGCUGGUUUAUGCUGGAGCCAACGUAAAGCUUCAAAACAAGUAUGGCGAAACCGCAAUUAGUUUAUCGGAAUCGAGUGUUGACUGUGGUGCAUUUGAGAAAGUUAUACUUGAAUGCGCCCAGGCCAAAGGUCAUUCCAAAGAUCACCUUAAUUCUUGUAACAAUGGAUUUUACACCCUCCACCGAGCCGUUUCUCGAGGCGAUUACGACGCUGUCGAGACGUUAACAAAUGGUGAAUCCAACGUUAAUGCACCUGACAACGACGGAUACACGCCACUUAUGUUAGCCGCAAGAGAAGGACACGGGAAAAUCUGCGAGCUCUUGAUCUCAAGAGGAGCCAUUUGUGAUAUCGAGAAUGCAAGACAUGAGACCGCCCUUCGGUUAUCCCGUAAAGACGGUGUCGGGAACGACGCCGAACGGGUUUUACUAGACCAUCUGGCUCGGGGACUUGUUUUGGGCGGUGGUCGAGUCAAGAAGCAUUGCAAAGGGGGAAAAGGGUGUGCGCAUAACAAACGGCUAAGUAUGGUUGAAGGGAGCGGGUUAUUGAGGUGGGGGAAAUCAAGCCGGCGGAACGUGGUGUGUAAAUGGGCAGAGGUGGGUCCAAGCUCGGCCUUUCGAUGGAACCGGAGGAAGAAAACCGAUUGGGAUGAGGCGGGUUUGUUUCGGGUGGUUACGACAAGGAACAAAGAGGUGCAUUUUGUGUGUGAGGGUGGUGUUGAGAUGGCUGAGUUAUGGGUGAGGGGGAUCACACUUGUGACCCGCGAAGCUAUAUUUGGCAAGUUGGAUCAUGUGAGAUAAUGCUGAUUUUAUGAAACCCGAUCAUAUAAAUACUAUCUAACAUUUCAUAGUAAAAUACUGUAAAGUUUCGGUGCUUUUCAUGCCUUUAUUUUAUAAUUUUUUGUUGUAAAGUUUCAGUGUUAUUUUAUGAUUUCACGAAACAGUUAUGUAAAACCAAUCCUAUGAUACAAUAU